AUGAGCGGCGCAGCUGAUGACCGUUCCAGUUGGCGCGGCGGCCGUGCGUUCGAUCAGAACCGCCAAUCCGGACAGCGGCAACCGAACUCCAGGACGAUGAGCGCACACGGCGGGUCCCGUGGAGGCCAGCAGAGCUCGAAUACGUCGCAUACUAGCUGGGCGGAUGAGGUUACGGCUGCAAGUCAAGACCAACACACUCCGGUAGGAGGCUUCAAUGCUGCGGAGGCGAAAACCGCUCUCAGGAGAGCGCCCAAACCUUACUUCUACAAAGCCCAAGGAAAGGAUGCAAACAAUCGUGCGAGUGGACCGUGGGGCUCGAAUCCGAAUACCAUGGCGAGUGGAAAAGACUUCUUUCUCGAGCUUCGAAAGCAAGUGACUGCUCUACGCCAGGGAGGAAGCGUUGCCGGGGGUUGA